CAAGAUGAAAGGAUUCCAUAAUGAAAAGGGUGAAGGAAACAGGACUGUUUAUUUCAAUGGAGCAAGCAGGCAGAUCAAGCAAACUGAAAACACAUAAUCGACAAUGUAUUGGGAGAGGGUAAAUGGAUUUUUAAUGAUUCACAGCAACCACAUUUAUCCCCUACUGUUACUAGAGAGAAAAAUGUCUUCAGAUAACCAGUGGUCAGCAGAUGGGGAGGAAAGCCCACUCUCACGACUGAUUAGGAAAUCUAGAGACUCCCCCUUUGUCCCCGUAGGAAUAGCAGGCUUUAUGACUGUGGUGUCCUAUGGUCUUUACACGUUAAAGUACAGAAGGGAUCAGAAAAUGUCCAUUCAUCUUAUUCACAUGAGAGUUGCUGCCCAAGGAUGUGUUGUAGGAGCUGUGACUCUAGGUGUUCUCUAUUCUAUGUAUAAGGAUUACAUUAGACCUCGAUUCUUCAAUGUGUCCAAAAAAUGAAGCUACAUACAAGACAAGAAGGCUUCUGAAAACUAUUUAUUCUGAAGAAUAAAUUUUCAGUAUGUAGUAAAUUAUACUGCAAAAGUAUGAGACAGGAUUCGCAUAGCCUUGUAUAGCAAGUCUCAAUUGUUUAUGUUGAUUUCCAAAUCAAGAGUCAUAGUCAACUCAAAAAGAUCCUUGUUGUUUUUCAGAACCUAGGACAUGAUUUUCUGACUUCUAGAAUUUUUAUUUUCUAGUUAGUGGCAAAAAAUAAUCUAUAUUACAUCAAACCAAUCUGAAAAUUAGGAGUUAGUUAUAUAAUGGCUACAGAAAAAUUAUCUAUAUCUGUAUUGAAUGUGAUGGUCUAGCCUGGGUGGCUCAGUCAGUUAAGUGUCCAACUUCAGCUCACGUCAUGAUCUCGCAGUUUGUGGGUUCAAGCCCCACGUCGGGCUCUGGGCUGACAGCUCAGAGCCUGGAGCCUGUUUCGGAUUGUGUGUGUGUGUGUGUGUGUCUCUCUGUUGCUGUC